GCUCCCGGUCACUUUCCUCAUGUCUGGGGCGGACAUCAAGUCGGAUUUGAAGCAAUCGUUGGAGGAGGUUCCCGUCAGCGACACCGACCAUGAAGCCCAAGAGGCGAAGAUGCCGCGGAAAUAUAUCAUCCUCACCAUGCUCUCCUGCUUCUGCCCGUCUUAUCCCAUCAACAUUGUGGCAUUCGUGUUUGCAAUGAUGGCUCUGCACAGCUACAACGAGGGAGAUGUUGAAGGAGGAAGGAAGCUUGGACACAUAGCCACACUGGUCUCCAUUGCAGCCAUUAUUGCUGGACUAAUAGUGAUUGCAAUCUAUUGCAUUGUUCACUUUUCAAUGGGAUGUCACGUUUAAUUGGAUGUACUACUGGAGGAUCUUUCACAUUAACCUGCCACACUGCAUCUCUGAUCGCUAAUUAAACACGCUGUUCAAAGGAAGAGAGAGAGAACGUGCCAUUGGUUUUGCGUGGGGUCC